AUGAGCCAACAACAGCCACUUUCUCAACGUGUAACAAAACGUCGAAGAAAUAGGGAUACUCCCCCGAGACCUUUAAAUUCCUUCAUGAUAUAUCGACGAGAAUACCAGAAAAAGAUCAAGGAGCAGCACCCGAAUAUUCUCCUCUCUGAGCUUUCUCGCAUUUCAAAAUCUGCCGCGGAUGAAUGGGCUCAAGAACCUCAGCACAUAAAACAAAAAUACGCUGAAAAGGCCCGAGUGGAAAAGGAACGACACAUGAAGUUAUACCCAAAUUACGUUUAUUGUCCAAGGAGACCAUCGAGAAGCAAGCAGAGGAAGAAAUCAACCUCUGAAGGUUCUUCAGAAAAAAUGUCACUCAACUUUUUAUUGAACGACGAAAGCAACACGUUUCGUCCGUACACUCAUCCAUACACGCAAGUGUGA